AAAACAUUGAAAAUAUUAAUAAAUGCUAUAACAGUAUCUCAGUAAAACUAAAAAACUGCAUCUCUGUAUUCAAUCCUAUGUGUCCUCUUAAGGUGCAAAUUUAUUACUUUUUUUUGUUACAAUACAUCCAUUAUGGAAAUUUACCAUGGUUUUACUACAAAAAAAAAUGUAUAGUUAAAACAUGGUAGCCACAAAUUAACUGGUUUUGCUACACUAUCAUAGUUUACCAUGGUAUUUGUAUUAAAAAUGUGGUUAUACAAAAAAACAUGGUGAUUACUACACUUUUACUAUAAUAAAACCAUGCUUAGUUAGCCAAAUUUUCUAAAGGGAUUUGUGUUUGUGUACACUUUCUUUACUAUUAUUUUUAUUUUUGUUUUGCAUUUAUAACUUUACUGCCUUAAAGGUUUGCUGUUUUGUACUGUUUAAUAAAAAAAGAAAGAAAAAUAUCUGAAUCAAAUGAUUCAGGAACUCGCUCCGAAGUCCCGAUCUGAAUCAAAUGACUCACUCAGUUGAAUCGGUUUGUCUUCCAUUCCGAAGAUUUCCACGUCAAAGACAUCCAACACAAAUCUGUGAACAUAUUGAGGUGAGGUAACCGGUUUACUGCUAACUAGUGAAACACUACAUUAAUAUGACGAGCCGCAGCUCAAAAUACAUGUGAGAUGGAAACACUGCAUUAUGAUCGAGUUUGGAGCUUAAUUCACUAUAUUUGAAAUAGUUUUAGCUCUGCGGUUCAGUUGGUUCAAACCAUUGAAGUGAAUGUUGAAUUUAUCAGUAUAUAUUGUAAUAAAUAUUUGAGAAAUGAUUAUGUGAUUGUUAGAGUGAUCGUCAAUGUAAAAAGAGCAGAUGAACACAAACAGGUGAAGUGUGUCGAGUUGAUUCACUGAGAAUGAUUCAGUUGAGUCAUGACUCAGUGAUCUGGUGUUUGUCAGAUGUUCAGUGCUGUCUGUUCUUCUGCUCUGCAGGAUCCGUCUCUGGAGAUCUGCUGAUGUUUCUGAGUGAGUUGGUAUCUGGAGGACGGGGCUCGGUUCUGAUGGGCAGUGAUUCGGUCCACAGACUCGGUUCUGUGCGCAGUCACACCGGGGAACUUCUGAAAGUGAUUCAAGUUUUAUUUAUGACAAAGAUCAUCAGUCAGACUGCGUCUCGGUGUGUGUUUGUCCCCCUUUACAUCGCCGAUGUGCCAAGUUGGAUCGCACACAAAGAGCCCAUGUCUCAAUGUGGGACAGCAGAAAGUGGCAUCAGAGGGAAGUGGAUUAAAGUAGGUUCCUCUCCUCCUCCUCGCUCCCUCGUUCUCUUCCCUCACGGCCGCGUGUUUCUUGGCUGGGUCACCUGAGUCCUCCGGUUGGCCGCGGCUCGCAGGUAACAAAGUCUGACGCUAACGAGAAGGAGCUUUGAUGCCGUCCCCAGUUACUUAAACACAACAACCUUCAUUAAUUCACAACGAGGGUCCCAUCAGGUUCUCAUUAACAGACACUCACCGGCGCCGUUAUUAACUAUUAAUCCUGCUGUUUCCAGGUGUUUCCGCUGCCAAAGGCCUGGUUUGCGCGCGUCGCGAGGAUUGACGCCGCAGGUUCGUCCCUCGUGAGAGAGAUUCGGAUCCUGGAGACGAUUUGUGAUGCUUUCUGUGGUUUGUUUUAUCUGUUGCAGGAGACAAAGGAGCACUCUCGUCCAAUCAAACGCAGCCGCUCUACUGUUCUCAUUAGGAGUGGGCGGAGUCUGGCGGUUUGCAGAGACACUGAUAGUGAUUAGGGCUCUUUAUAUUGACUCGGGCCCCAAUGAUUUCAUCAGAGCUCCAGCAGGAGACUCCAGACACGGACUAAACCCGGCAGAACCGACUCCGGCCCGUCUGGACACAUGGGGACGUGGACACACACACUCCUCCAGGAGACGGACGGUGACGAGUCUCUUCUGAAGCGAGAUGAACAGACCACGGCUCUGAAGAUGAAGGAGGUGGUCGGUUGCACACAUGCUGACUGUCUGUGUGAGUGUUUUCUGCCCGGACAAACUCAGAUCAGGUCAUGUGAUCGCUGCGCUCAUGGAUGGGUCGUUCACGCGGUGGGUAAGGUGUGUGCUCCGGCUCUGCUGUGUUCGGGGCAGGUGGAGAUCGUCCAGAGCAGUGUGGUGUUUGACAUCAGCAGUCUGAUUCUGUACGGGACGCAGGCGCUUCCCGUCCGGAUGAAGAUCCUGCUGGACCGGCUGUUCAGCGUCCUCACACACACACAGGUGCUCAACAUCAUACACACACUCGGCUGGACGCUGCGCGACUACGUGAGAGGAUACAUGCUGCAGGACUCCAUGGGGAAGGUUCUGGAUCGCUGGGUCACCAUGAGCCCGGAGGACGAGGUCGUGACCUUGCGUCAGUUUCUGCGUUUUGGGGAAACUAAAUCCAUCGUGGAGCUCAUGGCUGAGGAGCAGCAGAUCCACGCAGAAACCCAUCGCACCCCAGCGUUAAAGCUAAGAGAUAAAAUACACCACUUUGAGAAUCUGCCAGGAGGAAGUCUAGCGUUCCUGCAGCCGUUUCACUACGUCAGUCCAUCCGUCUUUCCACCUUCGCCGGCCGUGGAACGUCAUCCGGCGACGCAAAAACUACAGCGGCUCAGCAAACGGAACAUCGCAGACGAAACCAGACCCAGAAACAAAAGAGACGGCACAGCUGAAAGAACAUCGCUGAUACGGAGUUUCGCAAAACGCCCACAAAAUGAAGAACAACAUCAAGUCGACCCUAUCACAGACUCUUCUGAAAUGCUCGAAUGCUGCAACAGCUCGUCCUCGAGUAAAGCUCGCGUAAGCUGCAGCGCGUGCGCCAAGACGUUUUACGAUAAAGGAACGCUGAAGAUCCACUUCAACGCUGUGCACUUGAAGAUCAAACACCGCUGUACCGUUGACGGCUGUAACAUGAUGUUCAGUUCGCUGCGCAGCCGCAACCGACACAGCGCUAACCCCAAUCCGCGACUGCACGCCGUGCUCGAACACGCGACACGCAGAUUCAUCACUCAACCACGUCGAACAGUUUUGCGCGAAACUACCUUGCUGGUUUCCACGGCGACCAACAACACUGUAUUGACUGACCAUCAGAUUCCAGGAGGGGGAGGAGCUACAGGCCAUCGUACGGCCUAUCAAAAUGGCCUUAGCGAUGCAAAUGACGUGACGCCGAAAAAGAAGUCGCGGAAGUCCAGUACACCAUUGAAACUUAAUCGAGAAACUCGCAGUGAGGAACAUGCUCACUUGUCACCAAGACAACCGAUUGACAGUCUCCAUGGCAACCAGUCACCUGUGACCAACACACAUGCGCAAUACAACUACAAACAAUUUUGUAAAACAGCGUACGGUUACCAUAGCAACGGCCACGUGGAAGAGAUUCCAGGAGCGCAUGGCGAAUGGAAAGGCAGGUGUCGACCUCUGUUGAAGGUCAAAGAGGAGCCGUGUGAUUGUAGAGGUCAUCACCAUAGCAACCUGUGACUGUAGAGGUCAUCACCAUAGCAACCUGUGACUGUGACGACAUAAUAUCAGAACCGACUCUACAUUGAAAAGAAUCUGGUGAAAGAUUUACAGUUUUAACUCAGAAAUCGCUGGUAAGUUUCAAAAUAACGACAAAAGAAUCAAUAAGUAACACGCUGAAUGUGAAAUUGUGAAAAUGGAAAGAGUGAAAUAGUAUUUUCUUGUAAAGCGUAAAUAUUUGUUUAUCUUAAAAAUCUGAAAAAAAAAAAUUUAUUUUAUUUUUUACAGUGUAUGUUACUGAUCUUAUUGUGAGAAUUCAUCCGUGCAUGUUGUUAUGGGGGGAAAAAAUGCAUUUGAAACAAAAUAAAAUUAUUUGCUCCUCAAAUGACUUUGUUUUUUGGCUGAUGUCACUUUGGCCGCACUGACUAUUGGUUAAUGCUGAAGAAUAGUUAAAUAUGUUUA